GUGUUAUGAUUCAACUGAGAAGAGUUUCUCAGAAUAUGCUUGAGGGUUUAUUUGGAACAAUCAGAAAAAUGGGUGGUGAUUCUUCUACGCAAACUGUUCAAUCCUAUGGGUAUGUGAUAAACAAAUUAACAAUUACAAUGCAAAUGACAUCAGAAAUAAAAAGCUUGAAUUAUGGUUCAGCUGAUGGUUUAGACAUGCUCACUGAUUUAAAACAAAGCACACAAUGGCUCACAACAUGGUCAACAAAUAUGGAAAAUAGAUUAAAUAAUUACAAAUGUGCGGGUGACUGGUUUAAUAACUUUCAGUUGUUGGCUCCAAAUAAUAUCA